ACCAGUUUAAGAUUUUACGUUGCACGAUCAACACGUAUUUGGGAUUUAGUCUCUUGCUCUCUGAAUGUGACUUUUGAAAUCGAAUUUGCGCAUUUUUUAUCCACAAAUUCUCUCUAACGGAACCAAACUAUUCUCGCUUUUACUUGAGUGUUGUGUUUGUGUUUAUUUUUACAUUCGAUAUCACACCUGAAGUGCUUUAUUACUCUCGCAGUGAAAAUUGACUGAUUUGAACUAUUGUGAAAUAUUUAACGAAAGAAAAAAGAAAACAAUUUGCAAAACUAAAAUAAAUUAUUGCGCAGUUGCAAUUAUUUUUGAUAACAAAAUCAAGUGAAUAUUUGUGAUAGAAAAAAAAGAGAAUCAAACAAAAUGAAUGAUUUAGUGGAUUUACGCUUGCAUCAUCACAUUGCCCAGGAAAUUUAUCGUCAACAAAUGUUGCAACGCUUGCCCGAUCCAUAUCCAAACAUGUUGGCGAUGUCGCGUCACGUUCAGCUACCACCACGUUAUGGUUUGCCGGAUGUGAAUGCAACGCUGCAAAAUAUGGAAUUGUGGCAGCAAUUCCAUGAAAUUGGCACGGAAAUGAUCAUCACCAAAAGCGGACGCCGAAUGUUUCCAUCGUUGCGUGUUGCAUUGUCGGGAUUGGACAAAGAUGCUCACUACUGUGUUGUGCUUGAGAUGGCACCGGUCAGCGAUUGUCGAUUCAAAUUUUCGGGCAGCCAAUGGGUACCGGCUGGCGGUGCUGAACCGCAAAGUGCACAACGCAUGUACAUUCAUCCAGACAGUCCAGCAUUGGGAUCACACUGGCAAGCACAGCCAGUCAUUUUCAACAAGGUCAAAUUGACAAACAACACAUUGGAUAGCCAGGGACAUAUGGUUUUGACGAGUAUGCACAAAUAUCAGCCAAGAUUGCAUAUCAUUCGCACAUCCGAACCGUCACAGAUCCCAUGGGCGCCACAACAAUCGUUCACAUUUCCUGAAACCGAAUUCGUUGCCGUCACAGCUUAUCAAAAUGAUCGAAUCACAAAAUUAAAGAUCGACAACAAUCCAUUUGCCAAGGGUUUCCGUGAGUCAGGCCAGUCGAGAAUAAAGCGGAAACUCACAUCAAAACCAAACGAAUCAAUGGAAGGAAGUAGCGACAAAAAGCUUCGAACAAGCGAACUCUUUGAAUACAAGAAUACAAUGAAAGAGAGCAAAAUUGGUCGUAAACGAUCAAACAGUUUAUCGGAGUCGACGACGUCGGCUGAUGAAAGCGGCAACUCGGUGGGCGAUGAGAUUUCUUCAUCGUCACUCAGCGGAACCUGCUCGCCCGCAACAUCGGCACAUGAAUACAAUCCGGCUACUUAUGAUGAAUCCGAUGAUUAUGCACCAUUGAAACCAUACGAAACGAACCAUGGCCACAGUUUGCCGACCACCGUUGGACGUCAUCCAUCAUCCGAAUGGAUUGAUUUAAUGACACUGCGCUAUAUUCAAGCCAACGGAAGCUAUCCACCGCAACAGCCAUUGUUCUAUCCACCGUUACAAGCAAAUUACGAUUCAUUCAAACAAACACCACCAUUUAUGCCAUCACCUAUCGAUUUGGCACGAUCCUACAAACAAAUGCCAUCGCCGCCCGAGUACUCAACAUCAAUGGUGCCAGCGAUUUUGGACGCACCAAAGAAAUCGAUGGCAGCCAGCCCACCGAAGAAAACCGGCUUUUCCAUUUCAGCUAUUUUAGGCUGCGAAAGCUAAACACCAUUUCACGUCUCACAUUUCCAAUCUCAACCGACUGAACUUGUAGUGUUAGUUUCUCUUUACUGGAUUAUAAAUAUAUGUUUUUAACUUGGUUAGUUCGAUUUUUUUUUAAAUAUAUUUGAUUUUUAUACCUUUUUUUGUCUACAAACAAACAAUCUUUCGAUUAAGUAUUUUUUUUCGCUCAGUUUUGAUUUAAAAAUUUUCACAAAUUAUUUUUUUUAAUGCCUAAGUUAACAAAAACAAUGUUCUGUUUAAACGUUGAUAUUGCGAACUCAUUAACUUUGUUUCAAAGUGCAAUUAAUCAUUUCGAGAAAAUAGAAAGAAAAAGCGUGAACGAUCUUUUUUUUCGCAACUUUUCACUUCGGGAAUACAUUCGUUGGUGAUUGGAACGAAUAAAUUGUAGAAAAAAAGGCGGUGUUCACAUCACGCCAAUGAAAUUGCGAUCGUGUGCUUCAAAUAAA